UGGACGUGACGCGCUGUAGACUGUGGGCAGGAAGAGUGCGCGCGUGUGUGAUAGAGACAGGCGCAUUGAUCGCUCCCGGAGCACAGACAACGCACAAGGUCCAACAUGAUGCGUUUCUAAUGCUGGGGCACGGUCGGAACCAAGCCCAUUUUCAGUCCAGAACAAAGAUCGUGCAGCAGCAACCCCGCCCCGACCCGGAGAUCGGGCUGGAUUCAGGCGGUGAACGGAAGGACGGCGGACUGAACACAGCAGGGCGGCUCGAAGCGGGUGCACGCGCUUUUUAGAGAAAGAGAGAGAGAGAGGGAGUGACUGCCUGUGCUUUAGGAGCCAUGAGAGAAUACAAAGUGGUCGUGUUGGGAUCCGGCGGCGUGGGAAAAUCGGCUUUGACCGUGCAGUUCGUCACCGGAUCCUUCAUCGAGAAAUACGAUCCAACGAUAGAAGAUUUCUACCGCAAGGAGAUCGAGGUGGACUCGUCUCCCUCGGUGCUGGAGAUACUGGACACGGCGGGGACCGAGCAGUUCGCCUCCAUGCGCGAUCUUUACAUCAAAAACGGCCAGGGCUUCAUACUCGUUUACAGUCUGGUCAACCAGCAAAGCUUCCAGGAUAUCAAGCCCAUGAGGGAUCAGAUCAUCCGCGUGAAACGGUACGAGAGAGUGCCCAUGAUCCUGGUGGGGAAUAAGGUGGAUCUGGAGGGAGAGAGAGAAGUCUCUUCCGGGGAAGGCAAAGCCCUGGCGGAUGAGUGGAACUGCCCGUUUAUGGAAACUUCAGCCAAAAAUAAAGGCUCGGUGGACGAACUGUUUGCAGAAAUUGUCCGACAAAUGAACUACGCCUCGGCACCAAACGGAGACGAUCAGUGCUGCUCGUCUUGUGUUAUUCUUUAAAAAGAAAAGCAUUUAUUUUU